ACAUUUUUCCAUUUUUUUGAUUGACGUUUACGUUUUCAGGUUAGGUUAAAAGUCACCUUCACGCAAUAAUUUGGUACAAAUUCCUAGAUAACAGUGAAUUUUUUGCCCCACAUUAUUUAAAAAAAUUGUCGGCUUGAAAGCCCGUUCAGUGAAACUAAUUUCAAACACACCUGCCAAAAUGUCUGUGAUUUUUCUUUCAAAGCAAACCAAAGAGGAGUUUAAGAAGUUUUUCAGUUCUUUCGACACUGUUCUUUUCGACUGUGAUGGGGUUUUAUGGCUUGACAAUGAACCGAUUUCUGGUUCAGUCCCGGUUGUGAACAGACUCCGCGAAUUGGGUAAAAGAAUAUUCUUCGUUACAAACAACUCGACAAAAAUGCGAAAUGAAUUUGCCGUUAAGGCGAAACGUAUGAAUUUUAACAUUGAAACGGACGAAAUUAUAUCAACGGCAUACUUGGCAGCGGCCUAUUUGAAAAACAUGGAUUUUAAACAAUCCGUUUACGUGGUGGGCUCUCGGGGAAUCACCCAAGAGCUGGACGCUGUCGGUAUCAAGCAUUACGGAGUUGGGCCAGACGUUUUGCAAAACGCUCUGGUCCAUGUCAUCGAGAAUUUCCAAAUGGAAAGUGACGUAGGCGCCGUUAUCGUCGGCUAUGACGAGCACUUCUCAUACGUGAAAAUGAUGAAAGCGGCCUCUUAUCUAAACAAUCCUAACUGCCUUUUUAUUGCCACUAACACAGACGAGCGAUUUCCGAUGAGUACGGACUUAGUAAUCCCAGGAACUGGGGCCAUUGUCUCAGCUGUGGAGACCUGCGCCCAGCGCAGCCCCAUUGUCGUGGGCAAGCCCAACCCAUACAUUGUGGAUGACCUCAUAAAAAAAUACGGAAUUGUGCCCAAAAGAACACUCAUGAUAGGCGAUCGCGUCAACACCGAUAUUUUGCUGGGAACGCGGUGCGGCUUUCAAACCUUGUUGGUGCUAUCUGGAGUUACGACGCUCAAAGAAGCAGUCGCUUUGAAAAAUUCGCACAAAAAGGAGGACAAGGAAAUGGUCGCUGAUUUUUACCUGGAGAAGCUGGGAGAUAUACUGCCACUUUUAGAUUGAAAUUUUAGGACAUUAGACCAAUUCUUAAAUUAUUUAUUGUUAGUAGGUACCGCAUAUCUACCUCCAUGCAACAGUAGAUAAGAAAAUGUCUGUUAACUCAGAAUAAAAAGUGUCUUAUGCCAACAAAUAAAUAAAUGCUUUAUUUCGUCACAA